AUGGAGAUAUUUCAGAGGCUCUCAGUCGAUCUAAAGAUUGAAAUUCAGAGGAUGAAUCAGAAAUUAACUCGUUUAGAAGACAACAUGAGUGACGUCAUGACCCGCAUGAACCAUGUGCAGCGCUCAACGUCCCAGCCUGUGAGCGUGAGACCUUCCGACGAGCCACUUAGGGUAACGCGGCGAGACAGACCCACGGCCGCUGCGGUGGACCCCACCCCAGACCCUGAUGAGUCUAAGCCAUUUUUACCCAAAGUUACUGCCAGUGAAGAACCAAAAAAGCCUAAACGGCGAGACAAGAACCGCGCAAAGAGUGCCGGAACGCCCCGCACAUCACCCACCGAUUCCAACUCCCCAACCGAUUCAAUGGUGCGCGGGAUGCUUGAAGAGGAGAUUCAAGAGCAAGCAUCGUCUUCGCCGAGGGCCGAGGCUCCGGUGCCGCCGCGCUCACGUUCCAGGGAGUACCUCUGAGCUGUCCCAACUUCAGUCCUUGCCCUAAAAGAGAAAUGAAGUUAAAGCUAUACUGAGGCAUCCCUGCAUAUGGAUGAAAUAAUAAAUCUUCAAUAUUGCUAAUGUAAAUACAAAUAUGACCUAUCAUUCCUUUUAUUCCCUCUCUCUCUCUCUCUC